GUAACUCACAUCCGGUGUAAAUAUGAGGAAGUGUCAUCUGCUCACCUGAUAAAAAAUAUUUUGUUUUGUUUUGUAAUAAAUGUACAAUGACAGCCAUUGAUUAUGGGAAAUUGUUUACGAAAAUGUUUUGGGAAGUUCGACGGAAGGAGGAAGUUGAUACAGACAAGGUACUCAGUGGAAAAGGAGACAUCAAUAGAGUUUGCAAAUUUAAUGGAUGAGGAAGAGGUCCAAAAUGAAAUGAGCAAAUUAGUAACGGAGCGAGAAAAGCAGCUUUUAUCCACCAAACGUUACAAUACACUAUUCAGUGAGCAACAACUACGAGAUGCUGAAAUUGAUAGAAAGCUUCAGGAUGACGAGGAAGAGUUACGACGCGAGGAGGAGGCUUAUAUCGAGGCAAAGAGGGAGGCAGCUCAUAUAGCUAAACUACAGAAACAGAAAGAAGAGGCAGCUAAACAAACUAAUGGUCCGAAAUCCUGGAAGGCCGGUGAAGAUGGGGAAUGGGAAGUUGCCGGAGGUGAGGACGAUUUUGAGAUGUUCUUGGAGAGUGUUAGAGAACGUUCCCUCAAGGCAACUGCUCAUCUUAGAAAAGAUGGUGAUGGCCAGAGUUCUAACAGUUCUCCGACACCUGUAACACGAGAGAGGUCUCAUACUGAUGGCUCAAAUUCUGUAGAACUGGAAUGGGAUCAUGAUGAAGAUACUGGCAUCAUGCCAAUAAGAAAAGAGCGGUCCAACACAGAGGAAGAUUUGAUGCACCUUGCCCAGCAAGAGACUCGUGACAGUCCGGCCAGUCCUGCCUUAUCCAUGGACCUGGAAUGGGACACAGAAUUCACAGCCUCAGAAGAUAAAGAUACUCAAAAUCUGCUAAAAGCAGAAUACCAAAUAGCUCAGGAUGCCAGGUGAUAAUGUGAGACGUUUCUGAGUAGUGAACAAAUCCUUAUAGACAUAAAAACAAUGCUGAAAUUGACUUGAUAGUCCCAGAUAGAUUUUAUUAGGCACCUUUACAAACGAAUGUCAAUGCAUAUCAACAUUAUAUUCAUAGUUUCUGUAGCUCUAAGUCUUUGCAUUUUCUUCUGAUUGUUUUGUAUGAUUAAGCUACAAGCUAUUGUGCUUUUAAGAUCAAUUUGGAAGAUAACGUGUUUUAUUUUUGUCAGCUAUUGUUGCUGAAAUUUGUACAAUUAUUGCCAAUUACUGUAGGGAAAUGUGUUUUAUUUUUGCAAAUCAGUUUGCAGUAAUUUUUGCCAAUCAUUUAGGUAAAAUCUUAAUUCUUGUAAACAUUAUUGUGAAAUAGACAUGUAAGAUUAUGGUUGGCCAAUUUGUUACUGCAUAUAGUUUGAAGAUAUUAUUUACAAUCUAAUAUAAAAAGAUACUAGUAGAUUUAAACUUAUUUUUAAUUAAAAUUUUUCACAAAGAGAGGUUGAAGAAGGCAUAAAAUUUAUUUUUAUUAAACAUUCCAGUGAAAACCUACCUUCAUAUACAACAUUCCUUCACACAUGCUUUCUGAUAUGCAUUUAAGUCUGUGAUAUAUUAAUAUAUAUAUAGUAAUGUAAUGAAUGUUUUGUUGAAACAUGUUCAUUUAAAAGCUUUAACCAGUUCAAGGUCAUUCAUUCAAAAUAAUAUUUUUUCAUUUACCCAUUUCACCCCUUCAAUGCCAUUUCUAAUACUGCACAUUUUGUUACAUGAAUUUUCAUUGUUCAAUUGCUAUUUUAGUCAGCAUCUAUAAUUGCAGUUUUUCUUAAGGAAAAUAUUCAUCGGUAUGUUUUGCUUUAAAACAAAAUUGGCAUUAUUUAUAUCAGAUGAGUCUAUUUGUUAAGCUUUAUUUUUAUGUCUUUGAAUUUUUACUAAGAUGAGGCACAGGGUUAAAAUUACAUUGAAUUAUUUUGUUUAAAUGAUAAUUUGAUAUUGUUAAUAUGGUAAGAGAAGUUAAUGUUUUGUUGGUCUUUUUGUAUUACUAAUUUAUUAAUGUUCCAUCUUAAAGAAUAACAAGUGUUUACAGUUAAAGAGCAAAGAAGAUACUAAAUGAUUUUAUCAGCAGAGACAUAUACUUAAAAAAUCGGCAUAUUUUGGUAAUUAAUUUUGAUGAUAAAUCCAAUAAUUUAAAUUCUCCAUAUAUAAAUAAUGAUUUUAAAUAUUUGCAAAGUUUAGAGGUAAAACUUUAACUUUACGAUUAUGAGAAGCAUUUAUUCACCUUGAUAAUGAAACAUUUGUAAUCCCUGUGAUAUUGAAACCACAAAAUUGUUGUAAAAACUUUGUCCUAUUGGAGACAAUCAUAUGGUAAAGUCCCUUCCAAUGCUUACUGCGAUGUGGAUAAGGCUACAUGCAUAUCCCAAGCUAUUUAUAGUGUGAAAAUGUAAACAAAAUACUGCAAUUGCCACAGAAAUGGUCCAUUUCCUCUGCAGGACGUUACAAAUGACUGGUGCUUUAUGAUACAGUUCCCAUUUCCUUGUCAUCCAAUUUCAUUUUCCUGCAAAUAAUGCUCAAUGGCAUAGUUGAUUUUAAAUCAUCAUUGGUGUUAAUCCUUUACAGUUACUUAUAUCUAAGGUGUCCAACCAGAGAUUAAAGACCAGAAUGGGAGUGAACUCUCAUUGGUCAGUUUAAAUGAAUGUCUUUGAUUGGCCAGAUUUAAAUCUGUGUAUAUUUAAAAUUACCCAAUCAGAUGCUUGAGAUUGAUUUGUAAAAAAAAAAAUACUGUCUUGUAAAAAGAUGAUGUCCUGUCCAAAUGAUUUAUAGCAUUGUACCAUUUCAAAUUGUCAUAGUUUCCUUAUGAAAAAAAUCAUUGUAUCAUUUCAAUCAUUCAUGAACAUUGUAAUUGUGAUAAAACUAUAAAUUGAAUGAGUAGUUUAAGGUGGUAUAUUAAUAUAUAUGUUUGUGGUGUAGGUUAUAUAUUUUGGUCUUGAGGUGGACUUGGUCUUCUUAAUUUUGUUGUUUUUCUUCUUUUAAACAAAUUCUAUUAUACAUGCACCAGUCAUGUAAUUUUGUUGUGAAACUAUUUAGACCACACUAUAGAUAUCAUAUAAAUACAUGUAUAUAUUUAUGUUGAAAUAACCUUUCUAAAAGUUAUAUGUAGAUGUAAUUUUGUAAAAUUAUGGUCAAUUUCUUGUACAGGGGAAUCACAAUUUUCUGUUGAUUUGGAUUUGUUAAUCAUUCUAGAUCAUACAUGUAUAUGAUUUGUGUUGAUCAUAAAUUGAUGGUUCGAUAUGAACUUGACUAAUAUAUUCUAUAAGAAUCCUAGCUUUAAAUGUGUUUCCUUAUAUUAUUUCAUAUUCUCAAAAUGUAGCUUUAUCUUUGAUUGACCACAAACUUUUUUUAGCUCACCUGUCACAAAGUGACAUGGUGAGCUUUUGUGAUCGCUUUUCGUCCGGUGUCCGUCCGUCCGUCUGUCAUCCGUUGUCUGUCCGUAAACUUUUACUUUAAACGACAUCUCUUCAUAAACCGCUGAGCCAAUUUCAUCCAAACUUCACAGGAAUGUUCCUUUGGUGAUCAACUUUAAAAAUUGUUCAAAGAAUUUAAUUCCAAGCAGAACUCUGGUUGCCAUGGCAACCAAAAGAAAAAACUUUAAAUCUCUUCUUUUAAAAAACCGUAAGAGCUAGAGCUUAAAUAUUUAGCAUGAAACAUCAUCUACUCAGUGUCUUCCAAGUUUGUUCAAAUAAAAGCCCUUGGGUCAAAAUUGGCCCUGCCCCAGGGGGUCAUUGUUUUUCCCUUUAUGUAUAUAGUAAAAACUUAAAAAAUCUUCUUUUAAAAAACCCAAAGAGCUAGAGCUUAGCUAUUAAGCAUGAAACAUCUUCUAGUGGGUGUUUACGAAGUUUGUUCAAAUAAAAGCCCUGGAGUCAAAAUUGGCCCUGCCCCAGGGGGUCAUUGUUUUUCCUUUUAUGUAUAUAGUAAAAACUUAAAAAAUCUUCUUUUAAAAAACCCAAAGAGCUAGAGCUUAGCUAUUAAGCAUGAAACAUCUUCUAGUGGGUGUUUACCAAGUUUAUUCAAAUAAAAGCCCUGGAGUCAAAAUUGGCCCUGCCCCAGGGGGUAUUUGUUUUUAUGUAUAUAGUAAAAACUUAAAAAAUCUUCUUUUAAAAAACCCAAAGAGCUAGAGCUUAGCUAUUAAGCAUGAAACAUCUUCUAGUGGGUGUUUACGAAGUUUGUUCAAAUAAAAGCCCUGGAGUCAAAAUUGGCCCUGCCCCAGGGGGUCAUUGUUUUUCCUUUUAUGUAUAUAGUAAUAACUUAAAAAAUCUUCUUUUAAAAAAACCUUUAGUGCUAGAGCUAAGAUUCUUAGCAUGAAACAUCUUCGAAUAGGUCUCACCAUUUUUGUUCAAAUAAGGGCCCUGGGAUUAAAAUUUACCCCGCCCCGGGAUAAUUGAUUUUCCUUACAUGUAUAUAGUAAAAACUUAAAAAAUCUUCUUUUAAAAACCCAAAGAGCUAGAAUUAGAUAUUAACUAAAGCAUGAAUUAUCUUCUAGUGAGUGUCUACCAAGUUUGUUCAAAUAAAAGCCCUGGGGACAAAAUUGGCCCGCCCAGCGGGGGGAGGGGUCAUUGUUUUUCCCUAUAUGUGUAUAGUAAAAACUUAAAAAAUCUUCUUAGAGCUAGAAUUUAGAUAUUUAUCAUAAAACAUCUUCAAAUGGGUGUCUACCAAGUUUGUUCAAAUAAAAGCCCCUGGGUAAAAAUUGGUCCUGCUCCAGGGGCCUAUAUACAGGUGAGCGAUUUCAGGGCCAUCAUGGCCCUCUUGUUUAUUUUAAUUGUUGUUUCUUUAUUUCUGUUUGAAAAUUUUAUUUGAUUGUUGCAGCUUUUAUGUUAUUGAUAUUUGAUUUCAUUGUCAUAAAUGAUUAUUUGCCUUUGCUUGCUUUAAAUGAUUAAUGAUAAAAAAACAUUAAUGAUUAAGUAUUUUACAGUAGAUCACUUUAAAUUAGCAGACAUGUUCAUUUUGUUUGAAAUUUUUGGUUGCUAAUAAUUUGAAACAUUGAAAACUUAAUUUUUGUGACCAAAAUGGCAUUCAGAGCUGGCCACAAUUUAUUGUUAAAGAUAAAAAUUUCAACUAUUUUCUGCAACUAAUUAUUGACUUUGAUUAAAUUGUUGUAUUUUAUACAAAGUGUUGUACAAACGUCAGUAACAAAACUCAAGAGGAAAACAAUUAUAUAGUAAGCAUUAAUCUUUACCUAGCUGGAUGGGGCUUACAUGGCUGAGUGGUUAAGGUUGUUGACUUGAACCCACUUGCCUCUCACUGCAGUAGUUCGAGCUGCGCAAGCAUCUAUGAUUCUAUAUGUGAGAAAGCUAUCCAUCUUGCUUACAGCAUGUUGGUGGUUCUACUCAGGUGCCCAUUUGUGACUGAAAUAAUGUACAGAGGAGCACGACACAAGUAACGCUGGAAGUUGGCACAUUUACGUUGGAGUGACAUAAAACCCAACCAAGAAAAGAACAAAAUAGAAUUACCAUGUGUGCUUAGUUUUGCCACUCAAAUAUAGCCAGACAAAACCCGCACAUUGAUUUAGUCCAAUAUCAGAUUUUCAAAAUAUUUUGAUUUACCAGUAUAUCUUAUUUAUCAAAUAAAUAAGUUUAAUAAAUUUGUACUGCAUCUGGUAUGUAAAUAAAGAUAUUUAUCAAACAUAAGUUUGAGUGAGAUUUUUUGAAACAUACACUUAGACUUAGAUAUUUAAUAACAUACAUCUGGGAUAUAAAAACUUAAGGUUUGAAUGAGUUGUAUAUGAUAAAAAACAAAUCUUGGAUGUAAGAAAACAAAGGUUGUUUCAGUAACAUUAGUGUUCACAUGCUUGUAUAAUCAAGGUAUGUUUGCAGCGGUGCCUUAUUAGUACUAAAACCUGUGAUUUCACAUGCCAUCCUAUUUAUUCAAUUUUAUUCAUUUAUUUAUUUAUUCACCUCUUACACAUAAGAUCAUGUUCCUACAGAGCGAUUUGCAAGUCUUUGACACUUACAUAUCAUAGACUGUUAAAGGAAUUACACAUAUGUGUUAAUACAAAUGUAUAUUUAGUUUUGUUAAAUAAAUAAAAACUGACAUUAGGCUGCUAAAAUGCUUCUUCCUUGACAUUAAUAAGCAGAGCAAUAAACUUCCUGAAGUAUUUUAAAAACAUCCAUGAUAUAAAUAUAUCAGUAUUGUAAGAUCUGAAUACCUGUUGUAAUAAACUAUGGUUUGAAUCAUAAGAUACAAUAUGUAUCCAGAACUCGGCAAAUGUGGACUUUUUCAUUUGAUAUAUGAUUCUGGGGUACAUACCAUAAAUUUUGCCUUUUAAUUCUACAAUAUGUUCUACCAUUUAUCAACAUGAUGUGUUUUAAAUUGAUAUAUUGACCAAGUUGUAAUUGUAAAACUUUGAUUUUACCCCAGGAUUAUAUGGGAUAAGCCAACACUGCAGAGUUCUGGGGUAUCUCAAUUUGAAUAUUUCUUUCCCUUUUGGAUCACAACAAACACUUUGCUGUUGUUUUUUCUUAGAAUUAACCAUAUUUAUCAUUUCUAAUAAUAGAAAAUUAAACACUCUAUUAAUAUGCUUACUUUCUAUUCCAAUAAAGUGAUUGUAUUUGAUUUAUAUAGUUAUAUAGCUAAAAACAACUUUUAUAGCGGGGAGAAUUAUUUACGUCUAGACAAGUUACUGUUUAUGGUGCUACUAUGGCAGACUAUAUCAGGCUUAUUGACAUUAAUUACUGGAAAUACUUUGUUGUCAUGCUACUUUUUUAAUGCUGUAUGAAUGUUUAUUGCCGUGUAUUAAACUAAUGCACAUGGAAACUAAAAAGUGAAACCUAUUCUACAAUUUUUAUUUGCUGUACCGAUUAUUUUCAGAGAACUCUUGUUUCAAUAUUGAAAAUGAUAUUAAGAAUGUUUUGUUUUUCAUUUUGACAAUUUAGAUGAUUAUUUUUGUGUGACAUGUGCUCUUUGACAUAAAUGCCCAUCUAAGGAUGCUCGGUAUUCAAUGGUAUUCAGUGGGAUACUCAGUAUUCAGUGGAUAUUGUCAAGGAAAGGAUCGUAUUGAAUUGAAAGGUUGCACAUCAAUUUUUUUUCAAAUUUUACAAGAAUACUUAGGAACAAUUUACCAUUUCAUCUUUUAUGAAGUUGUCUACUAUUUUUAAUUUUUUGUUCUAAUUUACCAGCAUGUGGUCUUGUGGUGAUGACUUUCCCUUUACUUCUAAAAAUAUGUCCUCAUAAAGAUCUGUAAUAGAGGGUUUUACUAAUCAUUAAUAAAUAUAUCGAGGACUUAAUGCGGCACAUUUGUAAUGCAAAUGGCAUAAAGGAGUUACAACUGUUUUGUACUAAGACCCCCAUAUACGUACUGGUUUUAUGGACCUUUAAGAUUUUUUUUGUAAGAACACAUUAUUAUUAUUAUUAAGUUAUGUUACAGUGGUCCUGUUUUGAGGACUACGUGAAACAAAUAUUGCUCUCCCUUUGUUAGUCUUUGCUCACAAUUUUCAUUGCCGACAAUACUUUAGUGAAAUUGCAUAGAAUGAAAUAAAUGAACCUUAGGUAUUGUAUGCUUGUUAAUGAUGUGAAUGUGUUUUUUCUCUUCUCUGAAAUUGAUAUAUUAAGGGAAUGAUUAAAAUAAAAGCUUUAAAAAUGUA